AGUUAUUUCAAAAACUGGAAUCCAACGGAAAACCAAACAUUGUACGCCAUGUUUUUCACCACAUUUGUUUCGUUUUUUGACAGUUACUCAUUGGGUACCACAGAUAGUGAUAUAGAUAACCACCUGUUUUUGGAUUCACCUGUAAACGUCAUCACAGUUCUCUUAGCAUACGUGCUAUUUAUUUUCAAAUGGGGACCACAAAUUAUGAAAAGCCGAGAACCAUUUAAUUUGAAGACACUUAUGAUUAUUUAUAACGUAGUACAAGUAUUUUUUAAUCUCAUACUGUUUAUAAUGGCUGCUCGGCUGAUGCCCAACUUUAGUGCUUACUGUAGUCCUGCAAACAUUUCACAUACUGCAACUGAUGUAGCGAUUCGAAAAGUACACUAUUAUUACGUGCUUUUGAAAUUUAUUGACUUUUUCGAUACAGUGUUUUUUAUUUUGCGUAAAAAACACAGCCAAAUUUCUUUGUUACACUUACAUCAUCAUAUUGGUAUUGCUUCGACCACGUGGGUUACGUUGAAGACCAUACCUGGUGGUGUAGCGAUGUUUGUUUUUCUUGUGAACACAUUUGUUCAUGUUAUAAUGUAUUUGUAUUAUUUGAUUAAUUUGUUGGAUCGGACUAAAACUAUGUGGUGGAAGAAACAUUUGACCCAGUUACAACUUGUUCAGCAUUUCUUCGUUUUUAUUGUUUUUUUCAUUCAUCUUAUAAACUACGAAUGUUCAUAUUCUAAGGGCUUUCUAAUAUUCUACUUGAUGAAUACUUUGACAACGAUUUACCUUUUUUCUAAGUUCUACUUCAAAAAUUAUAUAUUCAAGAAGACUCACUCUAAAGCAAUUUAAAGAUUUUUUUCACAAAUUUUACAACAAUCGUUAUUGCCAGUGUAGAGUUUAAUGAAUUUCAAAUAAACGUUAAUGUUAAUCUCCCUAAACCA